CGGUAGAGACCCCCGACGCAGGUGCGACCGUCUGCCGAGCCAGGUCCCAUGCGUGGCGGCUGCCUCUGGGCGGCGGGUCUGUGAAAGCAGGUGUGUGCUCAGAUGGGCGCGGGCUGGAACGCAGGCGGACGCUCUCGGGUGUACCUGCCUCCUGUGGACAGAUUGUUGGCUCCGAGAGCCUCUGCCUGACACUGAGGCCGGUGGAGAAGGCGGGCUUGGUGUUUCCCUCUUGACGGACAGAGACACUUGGAUUGAACUUAAUCUUAAACCUCUGGAGUUCAAGACCUUUUAAAAAAGGGCUAAAUAAACAAUUUCUACAUGUAAAAGGCCACUGACUCCUGCUUCCUCUGUUUGGAGCAGCAACUGUGGAACCCAGCUGCCUGCUGUCCUUAGGAAAACUGAAGACUUUAAUAAAAAAUCCUCCAAGGUCAAAAUGAAUACAGAUAGCGGUGGGUGUGCUCGCAAACGUGCUGCCAUGUCCGUAACAUUAACAUCUGUGAAGAGAGUUCAAAGUUCUCCAAACCUUUUGGCUGCAGGGCGUGAUUCACAUUCACCAGACUCAGCUUGGAGAUCUUACAAUGAUCGAAAUCAAGACACACUGAAUGGAGAUGCUACAUAUUCCUCUCUUGCAGCAAAAGGUUUUAGAAGUGUUCGACCAAACCUGCAAGAAAAAAAAUCACCAACACAGGCCCCCUUUCCACCACCCAGAAAAGAGAGCCUGGGUAGCCCAUUGAGAACUGAUCCCACAAAGAUUGAUCUUUUAGGUUCACUAUUAACCAACACACAAAUUCCUUCCUGUCUAGAGGACAUUGCUAAUAAAACUCUUCAGGAAGCUAUGUAUUCUAAGGAAGAUACCAACCAGACAAUCGUGUAUUCUGAAGAAUCUAACACAACUGUGUCAUAUACACAAAAAAUCACUAAUUCACCACCAGCUACAUCCAGUGCAGGUCCCUCACCAAAUGCUGACACGACUUCCCCAUUGCUCCAAGAGGACUACACGCAAGAUUCUCAGACUCGGAAGGUUUCUACCUUGAAACUAAUCCAUAACCAAGAACCAGGAACUAGCAACCCCCUUAAUGCCUCAUUAGUUUCCAAAGCAGAUGAAGUACCACCAUUUCCCAAAAGGCCUUGCUCACCAGCUGCUAAUCCAGAGCCAGAGGUACACAAAGCAUCCCUUUCCAUCCAGAUAGCUCCCCUUUCAGGCCAGGAUCCUGAAAACAAGAAACCUGAACUUUCUCCAGUGACUACAAAGAUACCGCUUCAGCAAGAGGAGCAAAACCCUGCAGCUGCUGUGGCCCAGUCCUCAGACUGUCCUGUGCUUGGAAACCAGAACUUAACUGCCAAGGUGCUGGAGAGCCAGAUAACAGUGAAUGGAAACUCGGGAGGUGCUGUGAGUCCGAUGAGUUACUAUCAAAGGCCAUUUUCCCCUUCAGCUUACUCGCUCCCAGGCUCAUUCAAUUCAAGCGUUAUCAUGCAACAUGGCCGGUCACUCGAUUCCACAGACACCUAUCCGCAGCACACACAGUCUCUGGAUGGCACCCUGGCCAGCUCAAUACCGCUGUACAGAUCCUCAGAAGAAGAGAAGAGAGUGACGGUCAUCAAGGCCCCACAUUACCCGGGGAUCGGGCCAGUGGAUGAGUCCGGAAUCCCCACAGCAAUUAGAACGACGGUUGACCGACCGAAGGACUGGUACAAGACAAUGUUUAAGCAAAUUCACAUGGUUCAUAAGCCGGAUGAUGACUCUGACAUGUAUAAUACUCCUUAUACAUAUAAUGCAGGCCUGUAUAACUCACCCUACAGUGCCCAGUCACAUCCAGCAGCAAAGACUCAGACCUACAGACCUCUCUCCAAAAGCCAAUCGGAUAAUGGCACUGAUGUCUUUAAGGAUGCCUCUUCUCCAGUUCCUCCCCCACAUGUCCCUCCACCGGUUCCUUCACUGCGACCCAGAGAUCGGUCUUCAACAGAAAAGCAUGAUUGGGAUCCUCCAGACAGAAAAGUGGAUACAAGAAAAUUUCGUUCUGAGCCGAGGAGUAUUUUUGAGUAUGAACCUGGGAAGUCAUCAAUUCUGCAACAUGAGAGACCACCACCCCUCCCUCCAGCUCCGACACCUGCACCCAGGGAACCUGGCCGGAAGCCUAUUUCUAUUGCACCCUACGGAGGAGCAGUAACUGGUAGCCCCUCCCCUCCACCCCGGAGUGGCAUCCCCACACCAAGUUCAUGCACCCCAGCAUUCUCUCCCAUCUGGACUGAUCGCAUAAAUCCAGAUGACAUAGAUUUAGAAAAUGAGCCCUGGUAUAAAUUCUUUUCAGAACUGGAGUUUGGACGCCCGCCUCCUAAAAAGGCUCUGGACUAUGUUCAAGAUCAGUCUCCUGGUGUUUCCGAUGAGGCCUCCGUAUAUCAAUCCUCUCUAGACAGGAGCUUGGAAAGACCAGCUAGUUCUGCCAGCCUGGCCAGUGACUUUAGGAAAAGGAGGAAGAGUGAGCCCGCAGUGGCACCGCCACGAGGUUUGGGGGAUCCAAGUGCAAGCCACUCUAGCCCCAGCCGGGCCGACCUCCCGGGUUCAAGCGCCACCCUGACCAAGUCUUUCAUGGUUUCUUCUCCUUCUUCCCCAUCAAGACCAAAAGAUGGGGAUGGUAGCAAGAUGUGCCCAUCCCUUUGCAAUUACUCAGGGCUCAACAGCACCCACUCCAGUGAGUUAGAUUACUGUAAUACCUACAGACAUCAUUUGGAUGUCCCAAGUGACUCCCAGAGGUCCAUCACUUUCAAGAAUGGCUGGCAAAUGGCUCGGCAAAAUGCAGAGGUCUGGAGUAGCACGGAAGAAGCAGUUUCCCCAAAAAUCAAAUCUCGUAGUUGUGAUGAUCUCCUGAAUGAUGACUCUGAUAGCUUCCCAGACCCCAAAACCAAGUCCGAAAGUAUGGGCUCUCUGCUCUGCGAAGAGGACCCCAAGGAGAGUUGUGCCCUCACGUGGGCUUCCCCCUACAUCCAGGAGGGACGAGGGAACGGCAGGUUAAGGCUUCGGCAUAGGUCAGCCCACGAUGCCCCGGGGUUCCUAAAGAUGUACAAGAAAAUGCACCGCAUCAAUCGCAAAGACCUGAUGAACUCCGAGGUGAUUUGUUCUGUCAAGUCGAGAAUAAUGCAGUAUGAAAAGGAGCAACACAAGGGCCUGUUCCACGGCUGGAGCCAGUCCUCCACGGAGGAGGUGCCCAGAGACAUGGUCCCCAACCGUAUCUCCGAAUUCGAGAAGUUGAUUCAAAAGUCAAAAUCCAUGCCCAAUCUGGGAGAUGAACUGCUAUCUCCAGUCACCCUAGAACCCCCGCCAAAUGGUUUGUGUUCCCAAAGGCGAUUUUCCAUUGAAUCUUUGCUGGAGGAAGAACAUCAGAGUAGACACCCUUCUCAGGUACAACGAAACUACCAGUCUAAAACCCUCGUGCCAAUUCAGAUUGAGGUCACCAGUGAGGAACAACCACGCAGCCAUGUGGACUUUUCAGACAGUGACCAGGAUGGAGUGGUGUCUGACCACAGUGAUUACAUCCAUGUAGAAGGAUCAUCCUUCUGCAGUGAGAGUGAUUUUGAUCAUUUCUCUUUCACAUCCUCGGAAAGUUUCUACGGCUCCAGCCACCACCAUCACCACCAUCACCACCACCAUCACAGGCACCUCAUCAGCUCCUGCAAAGGCAGGUGCCCUGCCUCGUACACUCGCUUUACCACGAUGCUAAAACACGAAAGGGCCAAGCAUGAAAAUAUGGAGGAACCCAAAAGAAGGGACAUGGACCCCGGCCUUUCCAAACUUGCGUUUUUAGUCAGUCCUGUGCCUUUCCGGAGGAAAAAAAAUCCAACUCCCAAAAAACAGACCGAAAAAGCAAAAUGUAAGGCUUCUGUAUUUGAGGCUCUGGACUCUGCCCUGAAAGACAUCUGUGACCAAAUUAAGGCUGAAAAGAGAAGAGGGAGUUUGCCAGACAACAGUAUACUGCACCGUCUUAUCAGUGAACUGUUGCCGGAUAUUCCUGAAAGGAAUUCUUCCCUUGGUGCUCUGAAAAGGAGCCCCAUACACCAGCCUUUCCACACACUGCCUCAGGAUGGUGCUAUUCGAUGCCCGUUGUACCAGAACGACUGUGGGAGAAUGCCUCACAGUGCCUCUUUCCCUGACGUAGACACCACCACCUACCACCACCAAGAGCACGACUGUGCACUGAAUCUCCAAGACCAAGAGUCCCCUAGAAGUUACUCGUCCACUUUGCCUGACAUGGGGAGAAGUGCACCACGGGAAAGAAGAGGAACUCCAGAAAAAGAGAAACUGCCUGCAAAAGCUGUUUAUGAUUUUAAGGCACAAACAUCUAAGGAAUUAUCUUUUAAGAAAGGAGAUACUGUCUACAUCCUCAGGAAAAUAGAUCAGAAUUGGUAUGAGGGAGAACACCAUGGCAGAGUGGGCAUUUUCCCAAUCUCAUAUGUUGAGAAACUCAUGCCUCCUGAAAAAGCACAGCCUGCAAGACCUCCACCCCCAGCUCAGCCCGGAGAAAUUGGUGAAGCUAUCGCCAAGUAUAACUUCAAUGCUGACACAAAUGUGGAGCUCUCGCUGCGAAAGGGAGAUAGAGUGAUUCUUCUUAAAAGAGUUGACCAAAACUGGUAUGAAGGUAAAAUUGCAGGAACCAGCAGACAAGGCAUCUUCCCUGUUUCCUACGUAGAAGUCAUCAAAAAGAAUACAACCAAAGGUGCUGAGGAUUACCCUGAACCACCAAUACCCCACAGCUAUUCUAGUGAUAGAAUCCACACCUUAAGUUCAAAUAAGCCACAGCGUCCUGUGUUUACUCAUGAAAACAUUCAAGGUGGGGGGGAACCGUUUCAGGCUCUGUAUAACUAUACUCCUAGAAACGAAGAUGAACUGGAACUCAGAGAAAGUGAUGUCAUUGAUGUCAUGGAAAAAUGUGAUGACGGAUGGUUUGUAGGCACCUCAAGAAGAACCAAAUUCUUUGGUACUUUUCCUGGAAACUAUGUCAAGAGGCUAUGAAUCACUGUCCCUCUAUUUAUGCCGCAUUUCAGCAACACGUCUGCAUAAAUCUGCCUGAACUAUGCCGGCAGGCCCUCUGUUGUCAUGCCUUACAGUUUCCAGUAGAAGUUACUCACCAUCACCAUCUCCACCUGCCUCAGAACCACCAGCUACGUUGCUGCUGCAGCUGCCUGGGGGCGUGCUUCUGAGGGGAAAUGCACGCACCUGCGAUCUGUUCCCAGCUUGGGAAAGUUGAUAUGUGGAUUCAAAGAAAUGCGUUAUACUUUUGAAAAGAGGUUACAUACAUAAGGCAAAAAAAAAGAAAAAAAAAGAAAAAAGUGUUUAAACGAUUCUGGUCCACUUUGCCAGGGAUUCUUUCCUUGGGCAACCAGAAGCCUGUUACUUACCAAAUGCUGUGGUUUGCAUUUUUAUAUUCUUAGCGUGGUGGUUACUUUCCUUUCACGAGUUUGCCUACUGUUCUGGUUUACACGAUAUAGCAACUGUACUUCAGCUAGUGUUUGCCUGCACUUACCUGUUGUAAUAUGCACAGUGAUUACAAAAUCUAAAGGAAAGUUCAUUCGGACGAGUGUGAUUUUGUUGAUUGAAUGUGAGUUUUCCAAUAGAAAGUCUUUUUCUUUUCUGCGCUUUUUUUGUACCUUUUAGAAGUGCAAAUAGUAAGAGCCUUUGGUCAUAAUCAUGAGAAUACAAGAAGUUUAGCUAGACUAAAAAAAACUAUUGUGUUGUAAAGUUGCAUUGCUAUUUUAUAUUAAAAUGUAAUAAUCAGCAUCAUGAACAAUGAGCUCUUAGUGUGUUAUUUAUCUGAUAAAAUUUAAAUAAAAGCAGUGUUAGUGAGAGGUGCAAAGAUUAUCCUAACAUAGACACUUGAAAGUAUCUGUAAGCAAUAUUCAUAGGUAAGAUUUCACUGUGUGUACACAUAUACAUUUGAGAUUGUAUGGAACCGGCAAUCCAAAUGAGAUGUUGUACAUUUUAUGGAAAUGUAAAAGAAUCCCACAUAUUAUUUUGUAGAAAAUAGAGUAUUUCAGGAGCAUCACAAGUAUUAAGGCUGGUUUUAGCAAGGAUUACAAUCAUUACAAUUAUUUUUACUAUAAUAAUUAUUUUUCUUCUCUGGAACUCAGAAUCCUGGCUACAUUUGAGGACAGGAAUAUGUUGAGCCUGAUUUUCCUGGUGUGUGUAAAUAUUUCUUUGGGCCUAUUUGGCGCUUUUUAAAAGCAAUGUUAAGUCAUUCAGGUUAUACUUUCUGACCGGAAGUAGAAACAGAAAAUGAUGCUGAGGCCUGAAAGAUGUGCUGUUUAACAGUGCCUGACUUACACAUACUCUGAAAACUAGCUUUGUAUUUCUUAUGACUUUGCAUAAGAACUGUUCCUAUUUUGAUCUUGAGCACCUUAUAGAUCUAACUUUUUAUGGCAUUUCUUCUGUGGACAGUAGCAGUCUUUUCAGAGCCUACAUAAAUUCUAGAAUUUUGUAUAUAUGUUUGCUCUUUUUUGGUACAGACUAGUUGAGAAACACAGAGAAAUUUCCUGAUUCAGUCUUUAGCCUUCACUUAAACUGAGCUAGAAAGCGUUCAAUGGAUUAUCCUUUAGCUAUCCCACAGAUAUAAGCACGUCUUGAUAGUGUGAUUCUGUAAUCUAUUGAAAUAUGCAAAAGUUUAUGAAUUUAAAAGACCUUCAAGCCAAACUAAAAUGUACAUAAAUACUGAAUGCAGAGGAAUUUCAUUAGGAAGAAGAUAGAGAAACAUCUCUGAGUAGCCUGCCUUGAUCACUGUCAAGUUCACAACCAGCUUUAUAUUUAAAAGGCCUUGGGUUUGAAAUUAAGUCAAUUGCAUGCAGCUUUGCUGAUAAAUGAAUAAUUAUCUCUGAUGACAUUUAUGAGAAAAGACUUCAAUAUCCGUUGCCUGUCAUAUUUAAGAAAAAUUACUGUUUCUACUCUCUGUAUCUAAUUUUAAAUGAAAAAUAUUCACACCUGGCUUUCAGGUAAUUGACUUUGAAUUCUUACAAGCAAAGGUCUUUGUGUUUUUCUUGAAUAGACAUCUAAUAAAUUUUGCUUGGAAGUACA